UCGGGUUUUAAUCAGGCGCUGAUGGGGCCGAGAGGAACGCUGUGUUUGGUAGGAGCUAGCCUGGUUAGCUGUGUGACAUGCCGACUGAGCUGUAGCAUGAGGGCACAUCUCUUCUUUAGAUUCAUUCUCUCUGCAUUGCGACGUGUUUAUAAACCACAAGAAGUGAGUUCGAUAGAAACGAACUGAGCUGCGAUUGAACGACACCAGGCUGACGGGAGCUAGCUAACCAACGCGAGGAUUGCCAGAGAACAUUUGGCCUUGUCCGCCGAACCAGCUGGGAUAUCCAUCAAAUCCAUCUGUUACCCGUCUUUCUCAUCGCCCUGUUCUCUCAACUUCGGGUUGCCUUGUCUUUUGUGGCCCUGCAACAUGGAGUCUAACCACGGUGUCACUGAAGGCUGACCAGAAGGAAUGAGGCACUCCAGGAGAUGUUUCCAAAUCGGCGUGUGGAUGCAGUAGCUGGGUUUUGGAGUGCUUUUUUAUGACUAGCAUUGUAUGUGCAUCUGUGGGCACCGCCUAGCAUAACCUGCCUAUUCCUCAGGCAGGGAAAUGCUACUCUGAGACUGGUGCUGGAGACACGCACAAGAAAAGAGCCCCUCCAGUAAACAAGGAACACGAAGAAAAAAGGGAACCCUCAGCAAAAGAGCUGUCUUGAUCGACGCACUUCAACUGUAGUUUGAGCUUGUUUUCUCAAUGGUCUUGUGAACCAUUGCACAUUUUAGCAGCAAACACCUUUCCUCUGUCCUGUGAGAUUUAUCCUCCUCCCUCUCUCUAAAGUGAUCUCAGUCAUUGUCAUUGGGAUUUCUAUGGUUUGCAUGGCUGGAGAAUAACCGUGGAGAGGCCAGGGUAUCACAAGCUUAUGGAUUUUGACAAGAGAGGGGGCAAGGGAGAGACAGAGGAAGGGAAAAAGAUGUCUAAGACAGCAGGCAGCAGGACUGGACAUGGGGGCCGGAGUUCAGGGACCAAUUCUGGAGUUCUUAUGGUUGGUCCAAACUUCCGUGUGGGCAAAAAAAUUGGCUGCGGGAACUUUGGCGAGCUGCGGCUGGGAAAAAAUCUCUAUACUAAUGAAUAUGUGGCCAUCAAAUUGGAACCUAUAAAGUCGAGGGCGCCACAGCUCCAUUUGGAGUAUAGAUUUUACAAACAGUUGGGAAAUUCAGAGGGAAUCCCUCAGGUGUAUUACUUUGGUCCUUGCGGGAAAUACAACGCCAUGGUGCUGGAACUGCUCGGACCCAGUCUAGAGGACCUGUUUGACCUCUGCGACCGCACCUUCUCCCUCAAGACCGUCCUCAUGAUAGCCAUACAGCUGAUAACACGGAUGGAGUUUGUCCACACCAAGAGUCUGAUAUACAGAGAUGUGAAGCCAGAGAACUUCCUGGUUGGGCGGCCGGGAAGCAAGAGGCAGCACACCAUCCACAUCAUCGACUUUGGUCUGGCCAAAGAGUACAUAGACCCUGAGACCAAAAAACACAUCCCUUACAGGGAGCACAAGAGUCUGACUGGGACGGCACGCUACAUGAGCAUCAACACACACCUGGGAAAAGAGCAAAGCAGAAGGGAUGAUUUGGAGGCGCUGGGUCACAUGUUUAUGUACUUCCUCCGAGGUAGCCUCCCGUGGCAGGGCCUAAAGGCGGACACUUUGAAGGAGAGGUAUCAGAAAAUUGGCGACACCAAACGAGCGACACCAAUUGAAGUGCUUUGUGAAAGCUUCCCUGAAGAGAUGGCCACCUACCUGCGCUACGUGAGGAGGCUUGACUUCUUCGAGAAGCCUGAUUACGACUACUUGAGAAAGCUCUUCACUGAUCUGUUCGAUAGGAAUGGCUACGUCUUUGACUACGAGUAUGACUGGGUCGGCAAAUCACUUCCCACACCGAUAGGCCCCAUCCCCAGUGACAUGCCCCUGCAGCCCAGCAGAGACAAAGCACAACAGCAGACCAAAAACCAGUCUCCCGAGCCCAAAGGAAGUGAGUCUCAGCCCACUCCCGUGACCAAUAAGGAGACUCUGGGGUCGCACCUCACAGCUGAGCGGCUGGGGGGCUCUGUUCAGGUGAUGAGCUCAACGAAUGGCGAGCUGAACACUGACGACCCCACAGCUGGACACUCCAACGCUCCCAUCACCGCUCCCACCGAGGUCGAAGUGGCUGACGAAACCAAGUGCUGUUGUUUCUUCAAAAGAAGAAAGAGGAAAGCCCUCCAGAGGCACAAGUGAAGAAGAGAACGGAGAGAACUUGAAACAUUGUGGUCACUGUCAAGUUUUAAAUGGAAGCAACUACACAGACCCUCCCCCCCCCCGCCUCUUCUCUCUUUCCAGCUUCCCUUCCUCACCUCUUUACCCCUCUCCCCUCACUCCCCCCCUGUCACUUUGUAUCCCCCACCCCCCUCCCCACCAUGCUCUCUCUUUCUCGUUCUCAGUGCUCCCCGGCUACCGGCGAGUUAAAGGAAUGUUGCGGACUCCACAACAGACUCUGAUUCCUUUUAUCGACGAAAAUAAACGUACCUGCAUUACAACGGGGGGGGGGGCUCGAGAGAAAACGUUAAAAAAAAGCUGUAACAAUGAAACUCGAAUACCGUGGCGUGAAUAUGAAAAAAGAUACUGUUUGAAACAGUUGUUGUAUUCUAGAUUCCAUAACGGACGUGUAUUGUUCCAACAGUCAGCUGUUGAUCAGGGGGAAUCGUUCAAGUGAAAGAAAUCUGCUCCUUAGGAAAAUGUAUUUUCUUUUUUUCUUUUUUUUCUUCUUCCUUUGGUGUGUGUUUUGGGAUCAAGGUUAAGAGGAAAGGUGAACUAUGCUGAUGUUAAUAUGAGCGACACCGGAAGCAUUUCAUCUACUGUAUGAAACAGAAUUUGGAGGAUUUUUAUGUAAGUUUUCUUCUUAUUUUGUAAUUGAAUCCUCAGUUUUCGAAGUCAAAUUCCUGCAUUGAAAACUUUCUUUUAUGUUGUAGUGUUCUGGAGUUCAGUUCUUUUUCCUCACUCUGGCUUUCUUUUUGUCUGUCAACAUGGACUUUGUAGCACAGUCACUGGCCUCAGGUACUGUGGAAGAUCGAGAGAAACAGAUAUUAAGCUCUCUUAUUAUUCUUGCACUUUUGGAAAAAAAAAAAGAUUAAGAAAAAUUACAGUGGAAAACUUUAGGUUUGAAAUUAACAAUUAAGAAAACAAACUUAAUAAAGACUGAUCUAGGAAGAGUCCUUCACAACGCUUAUAUCGGAGUUAUGGUCGGAAAAAUGUUGUUGAUUUACAUGAAAAGAGAAAGAUAUGUCUUUCGAUUUUUAUUUCUUACAUCAAAAAUAAUUUACCAGGAAAUCAUAGUUUGUGCCUUUCUAAGUAAAAUGUUUAAAGCUCAAGUGAGUGUCCCGCUAUGACAUUUUAUCUAAUCUGUCCCAAAUGCUCUCUGGAUUACUGUGUGUAUGUCUGUUUAUGUGUGCGUGGAUGAAAAUCCGGAGGUUUUUGUAAGUGAACUUGACUGUAUGACUACACAUCCCUUAUUAUCACCUCGUCUUAUCAGAAUACUGUGCGUCCUCUUCCUGAGCUGUGACAAUCAACACAUCUGUACAGUGGUGGUGUGUGGUUCAGAGACAGAACAGGACUGUGUGUGUGUGUGUGUGUGGCUCAGACAUCCAGCAGACACGUGUCCAAAUCUGUCUGAGCUACCGUUUCAUUUUGUCAUGAGGUCACAGACAUGUUUAUAAGGUACGUCGUCAUGUCUGUGAAAUGAUUAGACUGUUUCUAAACCUUGAAAAGAGAAAAAAACAACAUUCACUGGAUUGGAAAAAUAAUAUUCACUGUUUGAGUUCCUUGCUGUUGUAAACAACUGCAGCUUCAUCAUGUACUUUAUCUUUUCAAUCAUUUACUUUCAUGUGCGUCCUUUUUGGUGCUCUGUGUUCAGGAUUGUGUGCAGCCAGUUUUAAAUCUCCCCUUAAGCCUUUAGAGUCAUCAACUUGUACGGCCCUAAGUUAUUGAAGGGAGUACUCCAGUGAUUUUUAAUAUUUUAUUAAACGUGGGCACGAGUGCUCGUUUAAAAAAAACAGAUAAAAUAAUGCUAAUGGGUAAAAUCAAGGCAGCGGGAGCCAAGAUGUCCUGAUUUGACUUCCUGCCGGAGACGACCUGCAGCCACAGCCAGAGUUUCACUCCUGACUCCUGUUCUCACGACCCUGACUCUGUUUUUGUUGGAGCAGCCCAAGUUUCUAAAGUGUGAAAUCCACAUACAAAUGUAUAUAGACAGUAAAUACUUGUAUUCAUGGGCUGAAUCAAUGUUUAAUGAUGCAUUUUGUUUGUUUCAGCCUGAUUUCGUUGUGAUCAUCUUGGCUCGAUUACUCUCUUCUUGCUCUGAUUACAUUCACUGUGUUAUAAUGCAGAAUAAUAAUCAAAUAUUAGUGGCCUCAAACGUACCACGUUGACCAGCAGCCAUUAAUCAAGUUACUUUGCUGCAAAUAAAAAUAAUAUUUUCCAG